AUGGAAUGGUAUGUGCAAGGCCGGCGAAGACCAAGUCCUGAAGGUUACGUCAGACGGGAGGGGCCACGUCCCGGUGCAUAUAAAGUCCUGGACACGCGCCUCACCCUCACAGUUGUCUGGCAUCUCGGCUUCACCAGUUCUCCAGCUAUGCGUUUCCAGGCGUUGAUUGUAGCGUUGGCCAUGAUGGCCAAUGUUUGCCAGGGAGGAUUAAUUGGUGGCCUCGGGGGCCUUGGCGGCCUUGGUGGCCUCGGAGGCCUUGGCGGCCUUGGUGGCCUUGGUGGCCAUGGUGGCCUCGGUGGUCUUGGUGGUCUUGGUGGAUAUGGAGGUGGUUUGGGCGGAUAUGGUGCUGGCUUGGGUGGUUAUGGUGGUUACGGAGGCUAUGGUGGAGGGUAUAAUGGUGGAUAUGGCGGUGAAGGAGGACACACAUUCAUACUGAGCAAGAGCUACGGAAGUCACGGAGCCUUUGGCAAGGGCGGCGAACACGGUAAAUUUGGCGUGGGCAGACUCGGGGCAGUUGACAAAGGCGGAUUCAAUAAAUUUGGCGCCGGCGGACUCGGUGGGAUUGGAAAUAUUGGUUAUGGAAAGCGUGGCUGUGAAGUGAACAUCCUGAAGGUUACUGUGGGUGGGAGUCAUCACCUGUCCUAUAAAAGGUCCUGGACUCCCUCCGUCAAGAUCACAGUGGACCCGCUCCUCACUCACACAACUCCUGCAACCAUGAGAUUCCUGUCAGUGACGGCGGUGCUGGCCGUGAUGGCUGGUGUUUGCUACGGUGGACUGAUUGGUGGCUAUGGUGGUCACGGUGGCCUUGGAGGUCUUGGUGGCCUUGGUGGUCUUGGUGGCCUUGGUGGUAUUGGUGGCCUUGGUGGUCUUGGAGGUCUUGGAGGUCUUGGUGGUCUUAAAGGCCUUGGUGGUUACGGUGGCGGCGGCGGCGGUUACGGGGGAGGCUUGGGAGGCUUUGGUGGAAUUGGCGGCCAUGGUGGAGGAUUCAAGGGAGGAUACGGAAGCCAGGGAGGACACACAUUCGUGCUGAGCAAGAGCCACGGAAGUCAUGGAGGAUUCGGCCUCGGUGGGCUUGGUCAGUUUGGCCUGGGUGGAAUUGGCAAAGGUGGAUUCGGUAAACUUGGUGGUGGCGGACUCGGUGGAAUCGGUCUAGGUGGACUUGGUGGACUUGGUGGACUUGGUUAUGGUGGCUACGGGAAGUAAGGCAGCUGGAGUCUUCUUGAGGACCAGUACGACUCUCAUCACUUGUACAACUUCAAUAAAAUUAUAAACAGAUAUUGAUACAAACUUCAAUAAAAUUAUAAACAGAUA